AUGUCGAUGAACAAGCUGCAGAUGCAGCUGAAGAAGAAGGAAAAGGAACGGAAGGCUGCAGCCAAGAAGGGGAGUGCUACGUCCACGGAGUCCAAAGCCAAGGCCGCCGCCGAUGCCCAGGCCUUCCAAUGCAAGAUCUGCCUCACGCCAUUCCCAAGGACGAGCAAGGGACCGCAGAUGAUUGCGCAUGCCGAGUCCAAGCAUCCCCGCGUGUCACCCGAAGAAUGCUUUCCGCAGCUACAGAACGCAGGGUGGACUUGGUCAUCUGUGAUGCCAAGACGAGGAAUCCACUUUCUCCGCGGCGUGGCUCGCCAACUCCAACCAAGGAGGCACCUACAUCACGUACUCGGGCUUGUGUUGCUUGUCGGCGCCGUGAGCCGGACGAACGGUGUUGUCACAACGUUGUACUUCGCUUCGUUCCUCAUCGGCAUGGUGCUGUCCUUCACCCGUCGACGGAUGUGGCUUGGUGUGGUUGUCAUGUCUCUUGGGGGGAUCAUGGGGCAAUGCGUCGUCGCCGGUUGGCCCGCGUACAAAUCCACGGCAUGGUGCCGAGUCACAGGGCUACACUUCACACCGUACAACAUCGUUGUGGAUGCCGCCGUUCUUGUGACCUCUACCGUGCUUUUGUGGACUGAUCGGCAAUUUCCCUUGCUACAUGCGAGACCAACGCUCCAGCGAGAAGUGUCGGGGGUGCGCGCGCUUGCGUUCGUGUUCAAGAGGUGCCCGGUCUUGCACGUGUGGGUGAUGAAGCUCAAGUUCCACGAGAGCAUCCACGGCCUCUUUGCCUUCUUCGCCGAAGUGCUCAUCGGCAUAUGUUUGUUCACUGCGGCCCUCUCGUCCCGCAGGGCAUUUGGGGCGGUCUACUACGUGCUAUUCGUUGGGCGGUUGGCGGUGUGGUCGUUUUGGACUCCACGACUGCUGCCCUCUCAAGGCAUAACGCAGAUGCCAACCCCCGGCCAUCCCAGGGCGCCGUCGCCGCCGCUGCUCAAGCGAACCGCGUCAAACCAAGACCAUCCAGACAAGCUGGUGAUGGCGGUGCCUACCGAGUCAUUAGCGGGGAAUAUGAGCACGGAGGUCGAUGCAGUUAUACUGACGACGUAUCGUACCGGCGGAGAGCAAACGAUAACCAUGCCUCCCCCGCAUCCGUUGAUAAACAAACCCAUCGUCCAAGGACUGCUCCUUUACACGUUUAGUGUCCUUGUGCUCUGUCACGUGUUUCAAUAUGCAAUCAUGCGGGAGGUGGCGGUUGUGCAGACGAUUGGCGAGUACGCAGGGAUGUUUGCAUUGCCAGGCACUGUCGCCACCAACUGGCUCGGCUACGUCUUCCUAGUCGCCGUCUCCAACCUGUACAUUUGUCUGGCCAAAAUGCUGUCGUUCUAUGCUUCGUACGACGACUUACCACAGACAACCCCAGCCCGCCGCCAAGCUCAAGUGCCAGUGAUAAUGCGCGUCCUCCGCAACGAGCUGGUGGCCACGAGCAUCGCAAUGUUCUGGGCCAUCUCGUACCCUUCGUACGCCAGCUUGGGCUUGUUUGCACUGGCGAUGCUCGCGUUGGUGACCCACGGAUUGCACGACUCGGUCCAGUUCAAGUCUGCGUCCACCAUCCAGCCGCUUCUUUUGUCCAUAACUACUGUAUAUGGGGUGUGCACGGGGCUGGUGCAGUAUGCCCUGAUGCUGCCGGCGCUGCAUCCCUUCGUAUCGACCAAUCAAUUUGCGUUGCUGGGGUACACGGAAUUGGACCUAGCGAUUCAGAAUGCCGCGCUCGUGGGCUUGUGUUUGUGCCAACGUGCGCGGUGGCGGUACCCCCGUCCGGCCAGUUUUGUGCCAACCAUGGGGGCCUCCACUGAAGUAUCUCCCCCGUCGCUUUUUCGGCAAUCUUUUCCUCCGCCCGCAUUGUUUGGCCAUGCUACAGUGAGUGCCAAAUGGCAUGCAUACCAUGCGCACAUGCAGGCAUGGUGCCAAGAUGCCAAAAGCGUAUGGAUUGGACAUGUCGACUCGAUGGUGCUGUUUACGAUUUACGUUGUGGUUCUAAGCACGUCUGUCAACUUGUUCCAAACGGGGUCGCUGGUCUUGGCGUCGUAUUUAUCGCUGUUUCACCACCAUCGCCGCCGACUUUGGCGCGUCUUACUGGUGUAUACGCUGGCCGUGUGUCUAACGUUGUACACGUGGAACAUCUCGUGCCCCCCUUCGACCCCCCUGCUCGAACUGGUGGGGUUGACGUGCUAUCGAAACAACAAUGCCAACCCCGCACAACUCGCGACAAGUGCGCUGGACAACAAUACUUCCUCGGGGGCGACACCUGGGACCCCAUCCGUGUCGAUCCCUGCCUUGACGACGUUAUGGAGCUCCCCUCUAUUCAACGCCCAACUAGUAUUGAUUGCCCAAGUCGUGUUGCAGCUUGUACUUUACUCGAGAACGUGGCAUCACGUUCCCCCUACUACAAACGUCGUAUCAACUGAGACGACACGUGAUACCCUGCCAUGGUACUUUCUAUCGACCUUGGUCGGUGAAAUUGACCGCGUGUUUCGCUCGGGGGGGGUGAUUGUGUGCUACAUCGUGCUGCUGCUGCUCGCGUUCAACUGGGAAAUUCGUCGCGGCCACGUGACUGUGGUGGGGUUCAUUCAGCUGGCGCUCUUUUGCGCGUUGGUCGACUCGCACAUGUCCAACAUCGUACAGUUUCCCCGAGGAACGGCGCAUUACGGCAAGCUGUGGCGACUCGUGCUGAUCGUGCAGGUGGUGGUCGUCGUUCUGCGGUACUUGUACCAGUUCGACCCCGUGUCGCAGGCCAUCUUGACGCAUUGGCUGCCCACGUUUUGCACCAUGGACGACAUUGGGUUUGACUCGCUGUCGUCGAAAACGCACUUGUCUAACUUGUUUGCAUACUUGUUUCCAACGAUUGUCAUGGCCGGGCUGGCGGCGUGGCAACUCGCUAGCAUGAGUGCUGUACCAGAAAUGCGAUGGGAGUUCCCAUCAUCGUUCAAAUUUCAGCGGGAAUGGAGACACCUGUGUCACGCCCUUUCGUUCAGUUCGUCGCUGUUAGUCGGUCUCGCCGUCAUCUUGGCCACCGACUCGAUCAACUUGAUGGGGUUUCUGUACUACAUGAGCGCUGUGUAUGCUGUCCUGAAGCGCCAGUACAUGGUGGCGUGGCCAUAUUUGUUCACCACGUCCAGCUUUGUGCUGCUGAGCACGUACGUGUUGCAGCUGAACUUGCCUUGGUUCAAUACACCGGAGGCGACGCAAACUGGUCAGUGGCUCGGGAUGGCGCGCCUCGACGACACUAUGAGCUUGUGGACGGUGAACCGAGUGCCGCUUGUGAUGAUCGGUCUCUGUGCCCUCCAACGCCUCGGCAGCGUCCUCCUACCGCCGCCGACAGCCGCUGCCGACACGGACGAGGCAGACAAACCGCCCCCUUGGUGGGAAUUUUACACCAACCAUGUAGCACCCGUGUUCACAAGGGAUACGCACGUCACGAUUCUCAUGCUGAGCCUGCUCGUGUCAUCCUUUGUGCACUUGAACGUCGUGUCGAUGGCGUAUAUGGUGGCGGUGCGUGGCAUCAUGCUGGCGGAUUGGGACGACCCGACUGUGCACCACCGGUGCAUUCGCAGGCUCACUAUCCUUCUCGUGGGGGUGUCUGUGGCUCAGUACUUGGUGCAGCUGUGGUUCCCGCCUUGGCUCGUGGCGCCGCAGCCGACGCUGCCUCCGUGGACGUGGCUCGACCCGCCGUACCAAGCGUGGUUGAUGCUACAUUUUCAAAACAAGUGGUCUCUCCUCGCGGAUUUCAUGGCGCUGUUCUCCGUGUACUUGAUAGCGCCUCCUCCCCCGGUAGCAGCUCCAUCAGGUCCGCUCUCCUCCGACAACCCCUGCAUCAUGCCAUCCAAGGUCCCUGCUGCUGGCCCUGCCCUGGCUACGACCACCACGACAAUUUUACCCCCACCACCACCACCAUAUCAAGUGUUUGUGGCCAAUUACUCGAUUGUGGUCGUGUUGGUGUGGGUGUUUAUCACUGGCUGUGCCCAAUUCGGCGUCGCCUCUGGGCUGUAUCUUGGCUGGUCGAUCUACAUGCUGUUUCACCUUGACCGGUUGGAUUGGCAGCCCGUGUUGCUGGGGUCGUUGCAGAGCUACAACUGGUUUUACCUGCUGCUUCUAGUAGUGUACCAAUGCCCUUGGUUUAACGACAUCACCCAGACGUGCACCCUGGGGACGAACCAGCCCCUCGGAGAUGGAAUAUGUUUGUCGCUUCCGGUGGCGUUGGGGCUAUAUAAAGCCCCCCGCAACAUCGACUCGUCCAGUCCGUCAAGCAGCAGCUCCGGUCCGGCCAGCUCGACCAAGCUGUCGAUUGCUAUUUUUGUCAUGAUUGCCAUCCAAAUGCAAGUGUUUGCGUCUGCGCCGUACCGCCUGGUGCUGGAGAACCAUCGCAAGGAGCAAGACCGGUGUCAAAAGCGAGGGUACGCCAUGAACGACGAACUCGCCAGACACCGCAUUCAACAGUGGCGGUACCUAAAACUGGAAAAACAAGCCGCGAUCCAACGGCUCAAAGCGAUCGUGUCCAAAUUAGUCAACAAAGUCGAAGAAAUGAUGGACAUUGCCAUGGGCUUGCACUAUUCGCUACCCCCCAUGGCCCCCCAUCGCCCCACGGUAUUGUCCAGGUCCCAGAACUCUAUCACGUUGGCAUGGACCGCCCCCGACAGCAAAAUGCACAAAAUCAGAGGCUACCGCAUCUCCAGACAGACGUUUCCGUCCGUGACGCUCUUGGGUGACUUUGGCGACACGGUGACCGUGCGAGCCAACCAACGGACGGCGGAAAUCACUGGCCUACGACCUGGCACGAGCUACCAGUUCAAAGUUGCAGCUGUUUCUCGUAUGGGCGAAGGGCCGUUCAGUGUCGCCAGCGAGCCCGCAGCCACGAUUGAAUUGGACUGGGGAGAGUCGUGUACAGCGGGGUGGAUCAAGGCCCAUCGCACGACGAGCGAUCACAAAAAGACUUUGGCCAACUAUAUUGAACUGUACCUGCCGUGGCUUGUCCCUGCCAGAUAUGCACAGCGCUAUGUGGUGGUGGACGAUUCGUCCAUCACGUUUUACAAGACGGAGGUGCUGGCCCUCAAGCACCGACGUCGCGACGCCAUCUCCACCCGCUCGAAGCCCCGCCACCCCCCGCCUCCCCCUGCGGCGGCGUCUUUGAAGGGAGUUCGGAGGCAGCAUUGGCAAACGUACUUGUUGGCGCAAGUCACGAGCUUGGACUUGUCCGAGACCCAAAUUCAACUGGAUGAUAUGUCCCCCCUUUUGUACUGCAUCGAGGUCACCGUUUCUAGUACUACUAGUGCAGCUACUAGCAAAUACCCUUGUUCCGUGUCGUUUUCGCUGCAACCAGACGAGGCGGGGCAUUUUGACAAGUGGCUCGUGGCGCUCAUGUAUGUCGUGCCCCCUCAAGCGCUUGGCGCCAGGAUCCUCGCAUAUCGACAAGCUCAAAACCUGGAAUUCCCCGAGAGGAUCAUGCGAACUAUACUGGCACCACUGACUGCAGUCAACGACAGUACUACUACUAGUAAUACUACUAGUAACCAUCCCGUGGACAAGACCAGUCGCGCCAACGUUGUCGGCAAAGCUUCAUUGUCGACGGCGCUGUCGAAAAUGAUUGACCAACCGACUCGAAAUGCAAUCUAUGCCCAAGUGUACCGAGUGGUUUGGGCCCUCCAAGACAGCGCGUUACAAGGAGAGAGUGUGGCGUGCACGGACGACAUUGAGGCUGACGUGUUGCCACCUUGGAGUGCCUUUCGGGUCGUGGUUACACAGGCCUUUCGUAGCCACAGUGCCAAGCUGUGCUACUUGGCAUUUGUCAUAUCGUUUUCCCGUCAAGUAACGGACACUAGUAUUACUAUGGCGAGCUCACAAAUUCCAUACCAGGGCGAUGUCCUCAACUUGGUGUACGUGAUGGUGUUGUUUGCAAUCCUGCUUUGCGAAAACCCCCGACCGCACGCAGCCUUGUGGAAAUGGGUCUUGAAAUAUUCGUUCUUUGUUGUCCUCGUGCGGUACAUGUUUCAAUUGCCGUUCUUUUGCCACCAAUACACCCAUUCCCACGUGUUGUAUCCAAGUUUUCAGCCGUUUUGCCCGUCAAGCGCUUGGCACGCAGCCACGUCAUCGAAAGUUCAGCCCAUUGUAUUGCUGGGCUUGUACAAGUUUGAUGGGUCCGCCACCGCCGCCGUGGGCUCGACCUUCCAGGGCCUGCAGUGGAAUUUCCUCGUGAUUUGCUCCAUUUUGUUUCACCGAAGGGAGCUUCAAAUGAGAGGGUUCUGGGUCUACCCUGGCAACGAAGCACUCAAGUGGACGCAAACGGCGCUGUGGAGGCGGCUGUUUCGAUCCCGACGUUCGUUUAAUCUCGACACUAACAGCACAAGGUCGCUGGAGGACCUGCCGCAGCGGGACCCCUUGGCGCUGCCAGACUCCCACCAAAUGGACGACAUCGAGCGGGCCGACCGAUUGGCGCGGAUGGACUCGAAAGACUCACUGGACGAGCGCGACUUUGAGCUGGCCGACUACUUGGCCAAGUCCCACGAGCCAACUCUAUCAAACCACCAGCCAUCCCAUUCAUCCACGGAUUUAUCGACGCACGUCGCGCGCCUCCUGGAAAAGGACGAGCUGCCGCCAUUGAAGUUGAAUCCACUGGCGCCGUCGUUCGAUUACGACAGCAGCAGCGACAGCAGCGACGACGACGAAAAGGCAAGACCAUCAUCCCCUCAACACCGUGCAGACAAAAUAUACAAGCCCCCAGGGCAUAGAACCACGGACCACCUCCCGAUGCCGCAGGGCUCCAACCAACCGCAGCGCCAACUUGUCAAGAAGAAUCGGUUUCAGUGGUGGCUUUCGCACCAUAUGCCGCCGUGGAUGCUGCGGUACUACGACGCUCUACUACCUCAGCCGCCGCUUCACUGGGACAAAGACAUCAAGUGCGCAGUCACCGGGUCCAAACCUGGUCGGGACUUCCUCUUAGUCGCGUUUGGGCUGCAGGUUGGCAUCAUGGCGUACAUUGUACUAUUUUUCCACCAAUUUGGCAGCCCCGUCGAGACGUCGGCUUUGUUUUCGCUGUCAUCGUCGUUUCAAACGUCGCUCUUGUCAGGGUACAUGGUGGGUCUAGUCUUUUUCCAGGUUGUGGUCGUGCUGUGGGAUCGCGUGGCGUACGUGUACACGUCGUUGCUGUCCAAGUUGCUAAGCCACUACUUCUUGGUCGUGGGGGUGCAUAUCCAGCUGUGGCUUGUGCUGCCGCUGCACACGGGGGUGUACUUGCAUGCGAGCCCGUUUCUGGUCGGUUUGUACCUGCUGCAGUGCUGCGCCAUGGGGGUGAGUGCUGCCCAGCUAAAGCACGGCUAUGUUGUGUUUCGAGGCAACCCGUUCAGCCUUCGCCAUGCCACGUCUGCGUUCAAGACGCUAUUUAGUGUGUACAUGGCCAUUCCGUUUGCCUUUGAAGUGCGGACGCUGCUAGACUACCUGUGCUCGACCACAGCCCUGGACAUGCAGCUGUGGCUCGUGCUCGAAGGCAUCGGCGCCCACUUGUUUCUAGUCAAGAUGCAAAUGGAAGGCAGGGUCCAAGACGGGUACAUCUUGCAGGGCAACAUGCGGCAACCUGUGCUAGCUAAAUUCAAGUCUGCGGGGGUGUACUUUAUGGCGCUGGUCGUGUGCCUCCUUGCCCCUAUGAUCAUGUUUAGCACGGCCAACCCGACUACGAUCAACAACCCAGUACUGCACGCGACCAUGACGUUUGGCCUGCUGCAGCCAGAUGGGACCUUUCAACAGCUUUACAACAGCGAGGAGAAUGAGAGCCCUUUGACAACCAAGGUCGUCGUGGCCAACGUCGAGACACUUGUCCAGCAAGUUUCUUUCAUGGAGUACUCGAACGACAUGUGGAGCAGUUCGCCGCCCCUUCGCCGCCGCCUCAUGACGCGGCUGAACUCGACCGAAGGGAUCCAAUGGCGCAUGACCAUCACGCUCAAACGCGCGGCCCCCGACGGGCAACAAAUUGUGGCGUAUGACAUGGUGACCAGCAUCACACCGGCGCAGCGCACCAAGCUGAUGCGCAUGAUGGACGUGUCCUUGACCGAUGAAUCCACAGCCAACAGCAUGAGCUCCGGCAUUCUGACCAUCCCGGAUAUGUACCCCCCUGUCCUGAACGUACCCGCCGCGACCCCCCCGACGGCUAGGGGGCCCUACCUUCCUCGGGCCAUCCAGAUUCAGCGGUCGACUGAAGCAAGCGGCAGCUUUUGGACGCUGUCGUCUGCAGACGCGUGGGCGUAUGGCAACCCUUCCACAGACUCGAUUGACAAUGCCACCAUGGUGCAGUGCCAAGUGCGCGGCUUUUGCUUCUUUGUCGUGUCGGACAACAUCGUCGCGGGCUUGACGACGUUGGGCAUUGGCACGUACGGCAUCACCGCGACCUAUGUGUUUGUGAUAUUUACCAUUGGGGGGUAUGUCAAGAACGCUCUGCGCGGGUCCGUCACGGAUGUCUUGUACAACGAACUGCCCAAUCCCGACGAUUUGAUGGACUUGGUCGAGGGGAUUUACAUUGCCCGAACAGAGGUGUACAUUGGUCAUUUGAAGGACGAAGCAAGGCUGUUUGAAACACUCAUACGUGUGUUGCGGUCGCCAGAAACGCUGCUCAAAGUCACGGGGCCGAACAUCAUUCACAUCCCAAGCAAGGAGAAACUGGAUUGAUAUUGUGAACUAACGUUACUGCAUUAGUUUCAUGAUCCUUGACAAAGUGCCCCCACUCGUGGUUUGUAGUCUACGAUGGUGGUUACUACUACGUAGUAUAAAAACUCAAUUUACUGCUAACAGGAAGUAAGACACAGGCGGGAGAGCUUCCA